AUUGCAGAUUUUGUAGUGGUAGUGCUUAUAUGAAUUUUACGCAUGCUCCAUUGUGGUAGAUCUUUUAUUCCUUGUUUAGAAAGAUGGCAGACAACACACUUUAUGAUAUUUUAGGUGUGCCCAGAAAUGCAGUAGCUAAUGAAAUUAAAAAGCAAUAUAGGAAGCUAGCGAAAGAAUUUCAUCCUGACAAAAAUCCAGCUGCCGGCGACAAAUUUAAAGAAAUAAGCUAUGCAUAUGAAGUCUUGUCAGAUCCAAAAAAGAGGUCCCUGUAUGACAGAGUGGGUCUUAAAGGUAUGCAGGAGGGUGCUCACGAUGGAUUUGGUGGAGAUGAUUUACUUUCACACUUAUUCGGCGGUGGUUUAUUUGGAGGGUUUGGUGGGGGAGGACCGCGAAGGAGGCUUAGAGGUGAAGAUACAGUGCAUCCUUUAAAAGUAUCUCUGGAAGAUAUGUAUAAUGGGAAAACAUCAAAACUACAAUUAAGUAAGAAUGUGAUCUGUAAUACUUGCAGCGGAAAAGGUAGUAAAAGCGGAAACACUGAGAAAUGUAACACUUGUAAUGGUUGUGGAUUGAAAGUAACAUAUAGACAAGUUGUUCCAGGAAUGGCACAACAAACCCAAACACGUUGUCCAGACUGUCAUGGUGAGGGUGAAAUAAUCAAGGAAAAAGAUAGAUGCACUAGUUGCAAGGGCAAAAAAGUAUGUAAUGAGACUAAAAUACUAGAAGUUCAUGUUGAUAAGGGCAUGAAAGAAAACCAAAAAAUCUUCUUCAGAGGUGAAGGUGACCAACAGCCAGAUGUAGAACCUGGAGAUGUAGUGAUUAUUUUACAGCAGAAACCCCAUGAAAGAUUCCAAAGAAAUGGUGAUGAUCUACAUGUUAAACAUAGUAUUUCCUUAACAGAAGCCCUUUGUGGUUUUUCCUUUGUAAUUCAUCAUCUAGAUGGAAGAGAUAUUCUUGUAAAACAACCUCCAGGAGAAGUUAUUAAACCAGGUGGUGUAAAGUGUGUAAGAGGUGAAGGUAUGCCCCAUUACAAAAACCCAUUUGAAAAAGGUAACAUGUAUAUAUCAUUUGAUGUUAAGUUUCCUGAAAAUCAUUUCACUAGUGAGAAUAAUCUAAAAGCAUUAGAAACUCUUUUACCCCCUAGAUCUUUAUUCACAAUGCCUAUAGGAGAACAUGUAGAAGAAGUCGAUUUACAAGACGUGGAUCCAACAGAUAAAGGCCAUUCCUCUCGAGGUGAAGCUUAUGCAAGUGAUGAUGAAGAACAAACACAUGGGCCAGGUUUACAAUGUGCACAUCAAUAGAAUAUUACUUUUUAGUUAUUGCAAAUCUGUAUGUUGUUCUGCGCUUCUUUCUGACAAAGGAUCUUAUAUUUUGAAAUUGAUUCCGUAGAAAAAUGAGUUUUUAUUUAAUAUUAUUUUGUAUUUUACAUAACUAUGGCAACUUCAGACUGUAGUGUAGAAGGUACUGUUAUUGUUUUUCAUCAUUUGCUCUUAUUUAUUGCAUUGUAUACUUCUGUUACUCAUAUUUCUACAUAGAUGAAAUAAUACAAAUUAUUUUAACAUAACUUUGUUCUUAUUUUAACGUGUGAAUUCGACAGGAUUUCUGCAACAUACAUUUUUUACCAGAAGCUCAGUAUCUAGGGUUUUUGGAGAUUUAAAUCUAUUGAAAUUGAUAAUUUUAUUUUAAGAUAAAAAAUUUAUCAGUUUAAGUUGAAAUUAAUAAAAAGAACAGCUUGUAAAUAAAUAUUUAUUAUAUAGGUAAUAUAUUCAUUCAGGAACUAAAUGUCUAAUAUCUUAGCUUUUAAUGGUCAGUUAAAAAUGUUUUUAUUCCUGACAUGACCUUCACUUUUUUAAAUAUCAUUCAAAGUACUUUCUUUUUUUACUAUUAGCAUUAUCAUUAGCUCUAAACAAUCAAGUACCUAAUAUUUUACAAAAUAUUUGUAUAUCUAAUCAUUGCUCACCUGAUAAUUCUAUAAAAUAUUUUUUUAAAGGCAGUGUCAUGUCUAGCUUUGGAUCUGCUCUGCCUACAUUGUACACUAUAGGUCCAAGAAGUAACAAAGUAUCAUGCUAUAACUUUUAAGCUGAUUCUAAGGUGUUAAGCUAGAAUAUUAUUAAUAAAAGGUUGAACACAUUUUUUCUUAUUAUGUCUGGUGUAAUUUGGUUAUUUUUGGUACUUAAAUGUUAAUUGAUUUAUGCAUUCAACUGCUCAUACAUAACCACAGUUAUGUAGAUGUUUUUCUUUAUAUCCUUAUGUAGACAGAUCUUUAUUUAUAUAACUUUAAAAACUUUUUUCAAAAGAUAUUUUAAAAAAAUUAGAUGCCACGUAAAAAGCAAAUAUCACAUUUUGAUACAAUCACGUUUUUUUGUAGUGGACUGUCUUACUAAAUUACAUAUGUGUAAAAAUCUCUUUUUGCAAGCUACUAAAGAUAGAUAAGUUAUUACUAAAUAAAACAUGUGAUAAUGUAUUCGAAUAUUUUACAAAAUAAUGUAUCAACUUUAAACACAUUUAUAGACAUAUACUGUGAUAUUGGCAUGAAAUGUAUGUUGUAGUACUUAAAAUUAUGUGAAAUACCUCUUUAUUUUUGUAUUAUUUUGAAAAAUUAUGACACUAGAUAAGCAGCGUAAAUUUUUAAUCCACUAAGUGUUUUUAAAUCAAUUUUGAUCAAUGGGAUUGUUUAUUUCUUAUCAAAAAUGUCUUUUUAUCAACAUUUGAGAUGAUCCAUAAUGUAUAAAAUAUAAUUUGUCUGGUUUAUGCUCCAAAAUUUGAGGAAUUCUCAAUUUCUAACUACUUAAUUAAAGAGAAUUAUUAGCCACUUCUUAUUUUUCAUUAUUAGUUAUGUAUCUUAUCAUAUUUUGAUUUAUGACUAAUACUCAUUGUAUUUUUGUUAUGUUCAACUAUCUUUUCAUUUUUUCCUUAAGUCAGAAGCUAGAUGGGCUUUUUUUGAUUGGGCUGUUCAAUAUCAUCUCUUUUAACAUAAAAUUAUCCACAAAAGUUUAAAGACCCACGUCAUCCAUUACCUUAUAGUAAUGUUUAAAGAAUGAUUUUACAAUUUUCUUGAAAAUAAAUGCCAAUUUUCCUGAUUGUGCAUGUUUAUUAAAUUCCUUGAAAUCAUCUCAGGAUAUUAAUUUAAAAUAUAGAUCAAUAAAUAAUGGUUCCUGUGCAAGUAAAUGAUAUACCUCGUUAAUUCCCUUUUUGAUUUAAGAGACAUACUUUUUGAAUUAAAAUUUACCCAAGCUUGCCUUGAUUAUUAUUCAAGUGUGUUUGUGUACUUGAGCUAUAAAACAUUAUGACAGAAACUCAUUUUGAGAAUUUUUUUAUUUAUUUUGAUUUGUUUGUAAAUAAUGGUGAUGUGGACAGUAUUUUUCAUUUUCUCAUUACCUGAGAUAAAUGUAAUUUAAAAUAGACAUGUUUUAAAAAUAAACCGAACAGUUUCAUGU